GCAGAAAAUUGUUUACUCCUGUUUUCCGACAAGCUUCACAAGAGCCAAACUCGUAAAACCACCGCCAAAGAUGGGAGGGCGGGUGAUGAUUACAAAGCCUUUAUAAUGUUUUCACUUGGUCGGUCCUCGUUGCGCUGUGCGCACCGGGCCGGGCUGCCACGGCCAAGAUUGGCGUCUGAGGUUGUGGUUCAGAAUAGAACUCUGCCGCGGUGUUAUAGCGUAUCCCGAGAUCCUUCAGAGUUGAAGGGCCGGAGGGAACCCGCCGCAAGUGAGCCCAGCAAUUUCUUGUCAUCUGUAAAGGAUGCCAAGCCUAACCAGACUGGUCAGGCCACCACUCAAGUAGAUGCUGUGAAACCUUCCUGGACCGUGGAAUCCAAAACUACCACUAAGAUUAAAAACAUAGCCGACAUGCCCCUUUCAAAACUGUUCGACGUGUGUCCUUCAGAUAGUAACUCCGGCCGUAUGAGAGUGGUGCGUGGGAUCGAAGAUAUAGAUGAACCCCUGACCGCAAAAGGCCGCAUCAUGAACAUCCGCAGCCACGGCUCCCUGAUAUUCCUGGACAUCGCCGGCGACUACGAGACGCUGCAGGUCGCUAUCAGCUACGCAUUUCUGAAAGAAAAGUCCCCAGCUGAGAUGGAAGGCGUCAGCCUCCGCGACUUUAAAGCAAAGGGUGCCCAGCUGCAGCGCGGCGACUGGGUCGUCGCCGCCGGGCACAUGGAGGCAGACAGGCGUGACGGCCUGCGCAUGCGCGCACAUAACUUCCCCUCGAUCCGCGCCAAGGCCCUCAACAUACCGCCCCUUUCCGUCAUCGACGAUGGGCUCAUGAGCCAAUCUCGCCACCUGGACCUGAUGCUCAACAAGGUGAGCGUCGAUGCGCUGCGCGCCCGCGCCCGCAUCAUCCAGACCGUCCGCCGCACCCUCGACGACCGCGGCUACGUCGAGGUCCAGACGCCGCUGCUGGCGGGUUCGGCCGGUGGGGCGACGGCCCGCCCAUUUGCCACGACGGCCACAGAGUUUGGUUCCUCGCAGCACCUCGCCCUCCGCGUCGCCCCGGAGCUCUGGCUCAAGAGGCUCGUCAUGGGCGGCAUGGACCGCGUCUACGAGGUCGGGCCUUGCUUCCGCAACGAGGGCGUCGACGCCACCCAUAACCCCGAGUUCACCAUGUGCGAGUUCUACGAGGCCUGGGCAGACCUAGACCACCUCAUGCUCAUGACGGAGAGGCUGAUGCAGCUCAUCUCAUCCGACCUCAAGGCCGCGUCCAAAGACGCAGAGGCCGUGGGCCGUCGCCCCUGGCUGCUGCCCGACAUGGACCGCAUCGCCUCCACUUUCUGUGAAGAAGGCACCACCCCCAAAGUCCACUUCAUCACGAGGCUUGAGCAAGCGCUGGGCUUCAAGCUCCCCGACCUGGAAUCCACCACAGCGUUGGCGGAAUUAAUAAUGAAACUACGCGAGCGGGGCGAGGAUGCUGACAUCCUUGCCGCCGCCGACUACCCGGAGCAGGGAGACGCCGCCACCACCACGGCGCCCAUGACGCUACCCAAGCUCCUUGACGACCUGGGCUCAAAAUACGUCGAGAAGUGCUCGACCGUUGGGCCCCACCGGGCAUUCUUUGUCACGCACCACCCGGCCUGCAUGGCGCCGCUGGCGCGAAGCGGCGUGUGCCCCAUCACCAAGCAGAAGGUCGCUCUCAGGGCCGAGUUCUUUGUCAAUGGCGUCGAGCUGGCCAACAUGUACGAGGAGGAGUUUGAGGCCGACGAGCAGGAGCGCAAGUUCAACGCAGCGGCGCGGUUGAGGCGUGAUGCCGUCGGGCUCAACAGCGACGAGGCCAGCUACGUCUUGGCCAUGCGUGGCGGCAUGCCGCCCACAGGAGGAUGGGGCUGUGGUAUUGACAGGCUUGCCAUGCUCUUCACCGGCAAGCCGAGGAUCCGGGACGUCCUGACCUUUGGGAACUUGAGGAACGUGGUGCACGCGACGCGGUUGCCGGGACCAUGGAAUGCCGCAGCGAAGCGUUUUCGGUUGUGAUGCUGGCGAGGAGCUUGUCAGCGAGUGAAUGUAGCCGCGUCUAUGGCUGGGUUAUAUAUCUGAGCACUCUGAGCAGUCUGUGGGAAGACAGCAGGCCCACGCUGCGGAUGAUUAGCGUCAAGGGCUGUCUUUGUUUGGAGUUGGUGUGAGCGCUCCUGAAUGUAUUAUUUUAAUGUACAUGUACCGUGUAUCGUCGAGAAUCCUUCCUUGUACCGUAUCAUAGGUAGAUACCAGUUGAAUCAUGUUUCCUUUUGAAUCCCA